UUGACGCUGCUGUUUAUUAUAGAAUUUUUGAUCCAUUGCUGGCGGUUAUACAAGUGGAAAAUGUUCAUUUCGCUACUAGAAUGCUGGCACAGGCGACACUACGUAAUAUAGCAGGCCAAAAGCAUGUUUUGGAACUGAUGUCCGAAAAAGAUGCGGUUUCGAUGGCUAUGGCAGCGAUCUUGAAAAGCGCUACAUCACCUUGGGGAGUGUAUGUGGAGCGUGUUGAGAUUAAGGAUGUACGCUUGCCAUUAAACUUGCAGCGAGCUAUGGCUGCUGAAGCUGAGGCAAUACGAGAGGCGAAAGCAAAAGUAGUUUCCGCUGAUGGUGAACUUAGCGCUUCCAAAGCUCUAAAAGCAGCUGCCGAUGUUAUAGCUUCGAAUCCAGUAGCGCUUCAGCUGCGUUAUUUGCAAACUUUAAGUCUUAUUUCCGGUGAUCAAAAUAAGAAUAUCAUAUUUCCGUUUCCUGUGAAUUUAAUAAAACAACUAGUGCUGGGCUCCCAGGCAAGCACGUCUAAGAAAACACUUACAAGGGAAUUGCCGGAAGAAGAGGAUUUGUGUACAGAAUCAUGCUGUGGCAGGAGGAGCGAAUUGCGAAUAUUAUGCGAGUGAGGCAAUGAAAAGGUCUAUGAAAUUGGAGAAAUUACCAACUCA